AUCAUGUUUUUUUCUCUCCAACCCAAGCAGAGUAAGUGUAUCCAAAUACAGAGGAAGAACAUGCUUGGAAUUCCAUUACCAACAACUACUCACUAAUUCUUAAUUUCUUCCUUGAAAAAUGAUUAGUACAAGCAUUAACCCAGACAUUCAUCCCAGGAUUAUCUUAUGCUCAUCUUUCUCAAGAACUCAUAGUACUAAUACUACAUCAUCAUCAUCAUCAAUGUUAUCUUCAUCUUCAUCAUUUCUUUCUGGAAAGCUGCUUUCGUUCUCUCCACUCAGAAAAAAACUCCUCUACUCCAUUAAUCAUCAUCAUGAACACAUCUCUGCUGCUCUUCAUAAUAAUAUAUUCCGAUUGGAGAAGAUGAAAUGUUUAGUUUCAACCAGUCAUCGUGGAGAUUUCUCUCAGGACUUUGUAGUCAACGAGGAUAAUGGAAGUACCAAUAUACCAUUGACGUGGACACCUGCAUGUGCCGCAAUAUCAUGGUUGGGUUCUGCAGAAGCAGCACACUCCAGUGAAGAGAUGAGAUUCAACUCAGUGUACGAGGUUGGGGAGCUAUUUGAAUUGGGAAUUCAGUUAUCGUACUUGCUAUUACUAUUAGGUUUACUUGGGGCUGGUACGUUCUUUGUGAUUCGUCAAGUCAUUGUUCGUAGAGAGCUGGAUCUUUCCGCCAAAGAAUUGCAGGAGCAAAUACGAAGUGGUGAUGCUAGUGCUACUGAGCUCUUUGAACUUGGUGCAGUGAUGUUGAGAAGGAAGUUCUACCCAGCUGCAAUAAAAUAUUUGCAACAAGCAAUCUCGAAAUGGGAUGGAGACGAUCAGGAUCUUGCACAGGUUCACAAUGCCCUUGGUGUUAGCUACAUCCGUGAUGAAAAGCUCGAGAAGGGAAUCAAUCAGUUUGAGACUGCUGUAAGGAUACAACCUGGUUAUGUUACAGCAUGGAACAACCUGGGUGAUGCAUACGAGAAGAAGAAAGACUUGAAAGCUGCUCUUAAGGCUUUUGAAGAAGUUUUACUUUUCGAUCCUAACAACAAGCUGGCACGGCCUAGGAGAGAUGCUUUGAAGGAACGCGUGCAAAUGUACAAGGGAAUUCCAAUGAAAUCAUCCAAAAAGAAGUAAAUAUUGUCUCGCACUCUCAAGUGUACGAUUGUGUCCAUCAAUCAUAAUGUAGCACGUCUGUUUUACUCUGCAUUUGGGAGAAUUCAUCUAGGCACCAUUCUUGUGGAUGAUGCAGCUCUACCUCACAACCGAAACCUGCAAUCUGAAGCUACAAGUUUUUUUUUCCUUUUCUCGGGUCGGCUGUGUGUGUUUUUCAUUCUAUCAGAAAACAAUAAUUAUUGUCGGGUAAUUCCGACCGGCACAGAAUAAAAUAUGUUGGUUUUCUGAUUUUGGGAUACUUUUCGAUAAACAGUCA